UUACUUAUGGAAUCUUUAAAUUCAGAUCAAAAUGAAUCUGAAUCUGAUGUUGAUAUUAAUCUAUGUUAUGAUAAAAAUCUUGUUAUAUCUAUUAGUUCUUGUUAUUUAAGCAUUUCUUCUCAAAUUAUAAAUAUUCAUCUGAAAUUUGACUACUGUCUACAAAGAAAGCAAAGUCUGGUAGAAAAACAGCUUGCAGUAGUUUUAUAUAGAUUAGAUGAAAAGGCCUUAAAAGAUUUAAAAAAAAAUGUUAUUAUCUGGUCACAUGAUAAUUAUCAACAAAAGAUUCAUAAAGGUUUUGAGAAUAUGCAUAGGUUUCCAAAUAUAAUCAGUGCAUUAGAUAGUUCUCAUAUGAAUUUGCUCGAAGCUUCUAGAAUAUUUAUAAACUAUGAUCUUGGAUACCUUGCAUCAGUUCAUGAUGCUAAGAUUUUGGUUAUUGCAAGAGCUAAGAACAAAAAAUACCAAAAUGAAACUGAUUUAAUAGAAAUGUUAUUAAUUUUAUAUAAUCUCUUAGAAAGAAAUGAAGAUAAGUAG